AUGACAGUCAGCGAGCCCCGCAGCAGCGACGAGGAACAUGUGACCUUGGCGGCAGUGCUCACUGCUGCGCGAGCAGCAGCAGCAGCAGCAGCAGCAGCAGCAGCAGCAGCAGCGCCACAAAGAGGGGAAAAGUCCGUGCUGCUGCGGCUGGUCGGCUGCCCUGUUGCUGCAGUAGCAGCAGCAGCAGCAGCAGCAGAUGGUGCAGCUCGCUCGCCUCUUUUUACAAGUGUAAAUGCUUGA